GCCGCGAAGGAAUCUGCGUUUCGUAUCUUCGUUUCCCUGCAACAAAUAUGUGGAGGUGGAGCGAAACGGUGCCGCCUGGCGGAACUUGUGCGGACGCAGUUGGCGACUCGGAGGAUCCGGCCAGUUCAUCGGAGAAAUCAACUAAGGCGCAGGUCGCGUCGAGUCCUCCGGCGGCGAGAGGAGACCACGACGUUUUCUCGUACCUUUCUCAACUCCUCACAACCGAGAGCGCGGAAGGCGACGUCGCCAGCGAGAAGAGGCUCAAGCGAAUGCCGUCUUGGUUGAAAGAGCGAAGCGCGCGUCACGAAGAAAUGACAGCGCUGCUGAUCGACGCGUUCUCGGCCAUCGACAUCGGCGGUGCAGGAGUCAUUUCUUGGGAAGCAUUUGCAAAUGCCCUUGUCGAUCAAGGAGCCGACCACUCUGGCAGCUCCUCCAACGCGAGUGACGCAGCGCAGUAUCGCUUCGCAGGAUCGAAAACGCUAACGAAUAGCCAUGACCGCAUUGAGAAGGUGUUGUAUGUCGAGGAGAUCGAUCGACUCUUUUGUCUUUACUAUAAGGCGAAGCAAUUUUCUGUUGUCGAGCCCCAUCACGGAUCUUUAGACUUCACAGUUUCUGUCCCCUCUGGACCUCUUGUUGACCUCUGUUACAUUCCCCCCUACUCGCAAUUGGCUUCUGUAGGAGCAGACAGAUCUCUCAGACUCUGGACAAGCACCGCGGCGCCUUGCAAGGAGAAGGCUGCAUGCAAGACCCAGCCGGCCUGUGUAGCGUUCUUUUCCAAGUCCGACGGCCUGCUAACAGGAGGCAUAGAUGGAAGUGUCAGCCUGUGGGGUCUGCAGUCGAUGAAUCUUCGCCACACACAAAUGGGUCAUGAUCGAGUUGUCAAUGCUCUUCUUCCUCUGCCAUACGACGACAAUCUCUUUGCCUCUGCGUCGGCGGACACCGCGAUUCUUAUCUGGGACGCGACGCGCAUGGCGCCUGUCCACGCACUCAAAGGACAUCGAAAAAGCGUCUCUUCUCUCGCGUUCUCCGCAAACUACUCCUGUCUCCUCAGUGCCGGCCUCGACAAGGAUGCAUUGGUUUGGAGCCAGUGCAACAUGAACAAGGCCAUCUAUCACCUGCGAGGGCAUCCCUACGCGCUGUGUGGAGUCGCCGUCGUCCCCAACACCCCGCAGGUUCUGACCGCGGACGCGUCCGGAGCCAUCCGAGUCUGGGAUCUGAGGAACUUCAGGUCUCUGCAGACCAUCAGCAGCCGCAUGUCCAGUUACGGAGAGAUGAGUUCGUUCUGCGCGUUGCCUCCGCACAAAAGAAUCGCAACUGGGGGGACGCGUCUGGACUUUUACGAGUGGACUGGAGGCCAAAGCAGACCUGCAUAUUUCACAGACGUCGACGGAUGCGGCGACGCGCUUUUCAGCGCCGAGGUGGAUGCGAUUUUGACAGCAGGAAGAGACAAAAUUCAACUCUGGAGCCCCCAAACCGGCUUACCUGAAGAUGUUCUUCAAGGAGUACGCGACAGGGAGAUCACGGCGAUGAGCUUUGACAUGCGCGCGCGGCUGCUGUACGUCGGCGACUCUGCCGGAAACAUUGAGAGCUUCAACGCCCUCACAGGCGCCGCGUUCCAGACGUUCUGCAAGCAUCCCUGCGACGUUUGUCUCUUUGCUUUCUGGGGAACCUCCUCGAACUUCUUGUCCGCUUCUACAGAUGGACUCGUCAUGCUCCACGAGCAAGAUGGAAACGCAUUUGGCCUGGCUUGCGCGACUGCGCCUUCCCCCUCUAGACCUGGAGCUCCAGUCGCGCUCUCCGAGCAGGUCCUUGCGUCUUCUUCGCGUUCGGCCGCGGCGGUUCGCUAUCGCGUUCAACUGGGACCUGGAGGAUGUUCUGCCAUGGCUGUGGCGACCGCCCUCGAGCUCGUCGCAUGCGCGUCUUCCUGUAGUGUUCAUGUUCUUUGUUUGAAGACGCUGAGGCGAGAAACUACUCUCCGUGGUCCUUGCGGGAGCGAUUUCUCUGUGGCAGCCGAGUAGCCGGACAGCACCGUACUCGGUGUGGACCUGCGUGUACAGCUGGGAGAAUCUGUCGCACUUCGAUGACCUUCUUGUGUCGGGCGCCGAGCUCGAAGACUCGCCUUCAGAGGAGACAUCGGAGACAG